CGCUCCGGUCCAACAGCCAUCAUAAUCACAAAAUAAAUAAGCCACUAGUUUUUCACCUGUCACCAAUUCCUACGAUUCACUCUCUCGGUCUCUACCCCCGUCAACCUUUCACUGCUAUUUCUCCCACGGACAGAAAUAAUGGCUUUAGAGAUCUGUGUCAAAGCUGCUGUUGGUGCCCCUAAUAUUCUCGGAGAUUGCCCAUUUUGCCAGAGAGUUCUGUUGAGUCUGGAAGAGAAGAAAAUUCCAUACAAGUCUCAUCUCAUCAAUCUGGGUGAUAAACCUCAGUGGUUUUUGGAGAUAAGCCCGGAAGGAAAGGUCCCAGUGGUGAAAAUUGAUGACAAAUGGGUCGCAGAUUCUGACGUGAUUGUUGGUAUCUUAGAGGAGAAAAACCCUGAACCCCCUCUUGCCACUCCUCCGGAAUUUGCCUCUGUGGGUUCGAAGAUAUUCCCAUCUUUUGUUAAGUUCUUGAAGAGCAAGGAUCCCAAUGAUGGAACUGAGCAGGCUUUGCUUGAGGAAUUGAAGGCAUUGGAUGGGCAUCUCAAGGGUCCUUUCAUUGCUGGGGAAAAGAUCACAGCAGUGGAUUUGAGCUUGGCUCCGAAGCUUUACCAUCUUGAGGUUGCUCUUGGCCAUUUCAAGAACUGGACUAUCCCUGACAAUUUGACACAUGUCCUCAACUACAUUAAGUUGUUGUUCUCCCGUGAAUCUUUCAAGGAGACAAGAGCUGCCGAGGAACAUGUCAUUGCUGGAUGGGAGCCAAAGGUCAACGCAUGAAUUAGUUCCAGAUUAUAAGAUAUCGGAACCUAGUCAUGUAAUGUGGUGGUUGAGCCUUCUCCAUCAGGAAAAGAAAGAAGUGCUGAGCCUGGUGUAUGUUAGAAAUCUAAAACUAUAAGAUACACGCAGGGGGGUGCUCUAUUAUCUAAUAAAAUCCAUUAACCUAUCA